UUUUCCAGUUUAUUUUGCUUCGUCUUUCUUUCUGUUCCAUAUUUCUGGUAACUCAUCGGUUUCAUCCAUCUUCACACUUCAGAUUACAGUUUUUUUUUUCCUCAGAAAAACAAGCACACAAAAUGUCAAACCCCUCAGAUGAAAGUGGCCAGGAACCAAACCUUGGUAAUGAUCUUCCUAAAGGUGAAGUAAAUGAUGACCUUCCUGCAGAAGAUCCAAAGGGUUCAGAAGAAGAACGCCAAGAUCCAUCUCAAGAGGAACAGGAGGAACUAAUGAAGAAAAAGUAUGGUGGAUUAGUGAAAAAGAAACCUCCAUUGAUAACUAAGGACCAUGAACGUGCUUUUUUCGAUUCUGCGGACUGGGCACUAGGAAAGCAAGGGGGACAGAAGGCCAAAACACCUGCUGAGGCACUUCGCCCAAAAUUGGAGCCGACACCACACCAGCAACUUCGUACUCGUCUCUCAGCUUCUAAACUGACAGAUGCUGGUGAAGCAGAUGGUAGCCACAACGGCCUUGACCAGCUAGAUGACCAGAGUGGAACACCAGCAGCAGAUGGUGAGAAUAAUUCUUAGAUCAGAGGCCAGGACCAAGACAUUCUUGAGCUGCUGAAUUAACUGAAGGUGUUGUUGUAAAUGGGGCUAGCUACUUAUAGAGGUAAAAAGAAGAAAAGAAAGAAUAAUUGCUGCGUGUGGCGAAUUUUUGUUCUGAGAUUAGAUUUGUGGUCCUAUACUGAGCUGAUUUGCUUGCAUAAAAAUCAGAAAACUGCCUGCAAGUUUAUUUCCCAUCUGGCUGUGCUAUAAUACCAUCAUGAUGUAUUGUACUUUUUGGUGGUAAAAGUUCUAGAUUGACCCAUGUUAAUGAAAUGUUAAAGACAUACAGUUUUUUCCAA